GCACGGGAUUAGACUUCCAAAUCGAAAGUAAAUCUGAAAAAUUGUAUCAGUUUGUGGAAAAUAGACCGAAAUGGCGGAUAAUAGUGCCUUACUGGAAGAUUUCGAAACGUUUAAAGAAAAUUUCUGCCAGGCUAUCAGAGAUGAAAAUAUCGAGAUACAAUUAGGCAUGACAAAAAAACUAAGCAUGUUAGCUGAGCACUUGGGCGAAGAGCUAACAAGAACCGAGCUAGUUCCCUUCCUCAACGACUACGUAGAUCUCCACAGCGAAGUGCUGCUGAAUCUAUCCGAGCAACUGAAGGGCUUCGUUCGGCUGGUAGGCGGCUACGAAUAUUCCCAACCGGUGCUGGAUAUCCUCAGGAAAUUGUGCCACACGGACGAAAACGUGGUGAGGGACAGAACGGUCGAAACUCUACGAACAAUCGCCGGUGAACUAGACCCCGAGCAAACCGAGAAACUAUUAAUACCCUUACUGGAGGAUUUGAUAAACGAGGAUUGGUUCACGAGCAAAUCUUCGGCAGCGGCGAUAAUCCCGAUUAUCUACUCGAAAGUGAAGGAUGAAUACAAGGAGAGCAUUUUGCAGAGUUUCCAACUGCUCGCUAGAGAUGAGGUGCCUUUGGUGCGCAAAGCGGCCGCUUUGUACCUCCUGGAUCUAAUACCGACAGUAGAAAAAGACGUGGUAGUUAAAGAACUAGCUCCGUUGUUCUAUGAUAUAGCCAAAGACAACUCGGCCUUCGUGCAAUUGCACACCAUCCGAAUCGGAAUCAGCCUGUGUAAGUCGAUAGAGGAAGAGUCGUGCAAAGAGGACAUCUUCAAAACGUUGGAGGAGUUCGUGGAGAAUCCGUCGUGGAAGAUGCGGCAAGUCCUGGCGCUGAAUAUAGCCGAUAUUCAGGAAACGGUGCAGGAUCCCCGGUUCAGAGGCAGAACGCUGGCCUUGUAUCAAAAACUAGCCAAAGACAGCGAAGUGGAAGUGAGAAUGAUGGCGGUGAAAAUGUUGGUGAAGUACUGUCAACAUUUGAAGAGUUCGUACGAAAACAACGCGGGAGAAAACAAUUUCGAAUGGGUCUUCGUCGAAAGCAUCGUACCUUUGUUGAACCUGCUGGUAAUCGACCCGAGCGUCGACGUCAAAAUGGCUCUAGCCACCAACAUCUUCGCACUAAAAUCCGUCGUCGACAAGAACGGAUUCGUCAGCAACAUAAUGCCCUUGGUCGGAAUCAUACUCGAAGAAGACAACGCCAUUUGCGUGAAAGCCGCCCUUCUGGAGCACUUGAACGAAUUGCCCGACGACGUGGACCUAGCGGCCUCCCUGCCGAGCAUCAGAGACGUCAUCAGGACCCUCAUCGUCUACUCGCAGUCGCACUGGCGUACGAGGAGAGGCCUGCUCGUCACGUUCAUGCACCUAACCCGGUUCGCUUCGAAGGACUACUUCGCGAAGAACCUGGAAAUAUUUUACGCGACGCUCCUCAACGAUCCGGUGUUCGCCGUGCGACGAACGGCGCCCUUAAUUCUCCCACUGCUGGCCCGGUUGUACGGCGUACAAUGGACAGCCAAGGAGGUCCUUCCCUACUUCGCUAACUUCCGAAAAGACAACAGGUAUUUGUACAGGUACAAUCUUCUAUUCGCCGUCAACGAGCUGGUAAAUCCCUCGUUGUUCUCGAGGAGACCUUUCACCAAGCUGAAAGACAGCAGUACACCUAAACUACUCUAUAAAUGCAAGUGCCUUGCGAACAAAUUAAACCGUAGAUUGGAAGAAGCUCUGUACAAGGAUAUUCUAGCUUGCAACAUAGAUGACUACAGAAACGAUGAUAUUAAAUUGUACGCCGAAGAUUCCUUCGCUACAUUACAAACCUACAGUAACGAAGAUAUUUACCCUAUCGAAAACGAAAAUUCCUACACGCCAGAAUUGAUAUCGAUCCUCCUUAGAGAGCUGAUGGAUCUAAUCGUGCAUCUGUUCUACGAUAACAUAGUCAACGUGCAAAAAAUGUCCAUAUUCACGUUGAACAAAAUCAAGCAACUCGCCCAGGAUGUGAACGAAGAGCUGGAAGACCCGUCCGUAGUCGAAGCGAUGGGGAGCCUCACGGAGGAGGAUCGCGUUGGCAUCGAAAAGGACGUGGAGCUGGAGAUAAACGAGCGAGUUUUCGAUUCAGACGAUGAUAGUACUUUGAUAGAGAAGGCUUUAUCGGUAGAAGAAAGUUUGAAUACUAGCUUACAAUCGGCUGUAUCUGACGCGGAUUCCAAAGCAAACAGCGGUAAAUCUUUAAUGAACACUUUGAGCGAGAAAGUCGAGCAGGAAAUCGCUCGUUGCGAUGAUGAUAAAAUGGCUGGAGAUGAUGAAACUCCAGCGAUUGUAGAGAAGAAAGUGGUUGAGGAUAAACCGAGCGAUGAUGCGAUUGUAAGUAGUGAUGAAGCUAACAAGGAAAAUGUGGAAGUAAAAUCGGUGGUAGAGGUUUCGAAGAAAGAAGAUAAACCUGUUGAUUUAAUCGAUGAAAUUGUUAAAAACGACGAAGCUGCAAUGGAGGUUUUGCCGGACUUGAUUAGUCCUAAUUGUGUUAGUGUUGAAAAAAGUGUUGAAAAUAAUCCGUAGAUAUUCAGAACGAAAUAUUAUAGUUUAUAAUAUGCAUUCAAUAAAAUCAAGACUGAUGAAAUUCACUUUUAUGAUGUAGUAUUUUAUACGUAGAAAUUAUUCUGGUUGUACACGUUUGUAUUUUAUUAUUGUAAAAAUCAAGUACUUAUUUAAUACACAAUCUACAAUAUAAC